UAUGUAAAAUAUUGAUGUUUUACUAUUUAUUUAAAUAAUUAUCUAGUGCACGCUUCGUCGUCGUCUUCUACCAAAACAGUUGUUUCGUUAAAAAGGUCGUGGUUAGGGACCAUGUUCCAAUUGUUGUGAUGAAAGUGCCCCAGCAUCUAUGGGUACGUACAAGUGGUGUGCGGAUUUAUCACAGGAAAUGGGAAGUUUGUUGACACAAGCGACUCCACAAACAUCGAGAUGGCGUCAAUCUUCUAAGAUAUUUAAGCGUAAGUAAAAAUUCAAAAGCGUUUUGGUGAGAUUUGCACUGCGUUGGACACCCUUUUCACUACCCUCUGUUUAAUGCUUUAAAUUUGGCCUUAAUUUCUAACUUUGAAGAAAAUACUUACUUCGAAUGGAGAGUAGAGGUCUUUAGCUCUCUCUCACCAACAAGAAGUCACGACUGAUGCCCAUCUCUGGUGUCAGGACGCGUUAUAAGUACUAAUGGAAUGCUUGCUGCUGUCAAAGUAGUUGGAGAAAAUCUCAAAUUCCUUUGUACAGAAAACAAGUUUGGCUCUCCCUCACAACUGCAAGAUUCCAAAGAGGCUUCUUGAUGUUCUCAGGAAUAUACUCCCAGUUGUGCAGAGGAGUAAUACAGAGUAAAGUUCUUCAAAGUUAUUGACAGUGCCUCAGAGUAUUUCACUUAUUUCACUGCAUCUGAUCUCACCAUGUACUGCGACUUAAGUGGAAGUGCUCUUUUAAUUAGAUCAUUCAAAGAGUUGGUAAAAAAAUAUCCGGGACUUCCCCCAUUCUUUUUAGCAAGAAACCGAUUUAUUCCAUAAUCAGUUCAGUGGUGCAUCUGUUCAGGACUGUCAAAAGGCAUUUUCAAAUAUGGUGCCAGAAGUUCGAACAAUGUUCCCACAGGUUGAAUGCGCUCUCUCUCUCUCUCUCUCUCUCUCUCUCUCUCUCUCUCUCUCUCUCUCUCUCUCUCUCUCUCUCUCUCUCUCUCUCUCUCUCUCCAAAAACAGCUUAACUAACUUAUGAUCUGUUGUGCUUGCUGCACUUGCCCCUUAAGACAUGGCUAAUAAAUUUGUAAACAAGUGCCAUAUAUUUUUUGGAUGUAUAUCUCGAGGUAAGCACUUUCUUUAUGAAUUGCAUAAAUUAUUUAAUCCUCGAAGGGAUGGAUGCCCGCAAGUAGAUUGCCUCCAGGCAUUUCUAUCCUUCACGACUACUUCUCUUAUCCAAUUAUGUUAUUGUUUGCAAAAUUUUUGUUUCAUAUAUUUUAACAAUCAAUUCAUUCAGUAUUGUCCCCUACUAUGCUGUCUCUUUUUUGUUUUGUUUUCAGCCUUACAUGUGAUAUCUACAGUCAGCGCCCCUCGUGAUUUCACACCCUCCCUCGGGAAAUCACAGCUGUCGUUUUUGGGAGUGGUCUUGAAAUAGAGCGAAAAAAUCGACCGAGAGAAAUUGACUAUAUGGCACCUCAAAGCUUAAUGUUUCCACUAAUCGGGGAAACUCAUGAUUUAUGAUCCAGUUAUGAUCAGUUGCCUUCUGACCUUUGUUGGGGAGUGUCGCACGUCUGAGGGGGCUCUGUAGAGAUCGCUAUUUCGCCCUAGUUAUUUUUUUGUAACCAUGCCUGGGGGCCAUACUAGUCGUGAUAACAUAAUAAGAAUCAUUGAGUGUUAUAAGGUUGGCCUUAGUUCAAGUGAAAUAAGUGCUCAAGUGAAUGUACAGAAGCGUACAGUGUGUAAUAUUAUUGCCAAAUACAAAGCUGGUGGGGAGAAGGAAAUUCCUGUACACAAACAUGGUGGCGGUGUUCCCAAGAAGCAGUCCCCACGUGCCUUACGUUUCAUUAAAAACAAACUUGAAGCUAAUCCCAUAUUAACAGCUAAGCAGUUGAAGGAAAACUACCCAAAAGUGCUUGGUGAAACGAGUGUUAGGACACUUCAGAAACGUAUAAGUGGAGAUUUAGGAUUUAAGAAAGUGAAAGCAAAGAAGAAACCACUCAUCACAGAGAAACAAAGGAAGGCAAGGGUGGUUUUUUGUAAGAAGGUUAGGGAGUGGCCGCUAGAGAGGGUACGAAAGAUCCUUUUCACAGACAAGGCUACAUUCUACAUUUCUGACCCCGCAGGGCAAAAGGUCUGGGUCAAGAAGGGUGGCGAUCCUUCUCACCCCAAAGCCACUGCUAAGACGGUCAAGUACCCCGCUUCUUUGAUGGUCUGGGGUGCAUUUGGAUACGGUGGUGUUGCUGAUCUUGUUGUUUUACCAAAGGGACAAACUGUGAAUGCCAACGUGUAUUACGAGAUCCUGAACUUGUACUUGCCCGACGCUUUUGAGAAGACUGGCACUGAAAUCCUGCAACAAGACGGUGCCCCUUGCCACACUGCAAAAAUUAUUAAGCAGUGGUUGGGGGAUUGUGAUGUUAAAUACAUAAAUGACUGGCCUGGCAACUCCCCUGACUUAUCACCCAUUGAAAAUCUUUGGGCCAUAAUAAAAGCCCAACUUCGGAACAAGGACACGUCAACAGUGCCAAAACUUGAGGAGGCCCUGAAGGAGUGCUGGGCUGCCCUUGACCCCCAAAUCUGCCGUAUCCUCAUUGAUAGCAUACCAAAUAGGGUCACAGAAGUUAUCAAGAGGAAAGGACUACCUGCAAAUACUAGAAGAUUAAUUGAUGCUGGAGACUUUGAGCUGGAGCCAGACCAUGAUGAGCAAGAUGAGGAGGAGGAUGAGGAAGAUCCUGACGCACCAGAUCCUGAUUCAGCUCAUGAGAAUGAGCCCAUACUGGAGCUAGAGCCUGAACGUGAGUUUGAGCCUGAGCCAGAGCAUCGUUCAGAACCAGAGUCAAGAGCAAAGUCGACGUCGCCUCCAAGAAAAGAUGAACCUUCUCAGAAAGGGAUGAGCUCUUACUCAUCCCCACAUAAAGAUGACGAUUCUUCGGAAGAAAAGGAUUUUGACUUGAGCCACAGGCAGCAUUCCAGGGACAACACUACAGCCAAAGGUGAUGACAUUGCAGUCAAAGAAGAAGUUGAGGAUGAAUAUUACAAAACGGGUUAUGAAGAUGCACCUAUGCAAGAUAUGUCUGUCAAGGAAGAACUUGGAAAUGGGUAUGAAGGUUCUAUGAAAAUUGAGGAAAUUGAUGUAAAGGAGGAGUUACUGGAACCAAAGCAAGAACUAUCUGAUACAGAAGAUAGACGAGGAGAAAAGAGAAGAGCUCAUUCUCAGUCACGUUCUCCAGAUUCAAAGAAGCAGAGACCAGAAGUGGAAGAAGUGAGAGUAGAAGAUGAACCUGAAUUUGACAAAUCAGCAGUAUUAUUGGAUUGCUAUUUCAGCAUGGCAAAGAAAAAUCUUGGGGAGGAGGAGUAUUCGGAGCUCCUUUUCGUAAGUAGUGAUGAAGAAGAGCCUUCUACAGUAUCUCCUGUGCUUCCUUCAGCGUCUCCUGCGGUUACAGCAGCUGUUUCUGUGCCUGAUAUUAGUCCCGUGGAGAUCAGGAGUAGGAAAAGGAGGAGAGGCCCUCUUUGCCUUGCAGAAGGUGUGGCAUUGAAGAGAUUGCCGGAUGACUCCUACAAGGCUAGGGACAACACGAAAUGGCACUCAGAGCCAAACCCAACAAUGCCACCCAUCCUGGAGAUCGACCAGUUUGACACUGCCGGCCCUACCAUGGCUGUCUUUGGGUGUAGGACUCCUGCUGAAGUCUUUGACAAAUUUUUGCCGAAUACGUUGCUUGCAGAAGUGAUCGUCCACACCAACGACAAGAUCUUCACCCUCAGGAACAAGUUCAAGCGGCAAAACGACCCCACCUUCAAGGACUUGAGCCUCAUGGAGUUACGUGCCUUCCUUGGGAUCCUCAUCAUGACAGGGGCACGGAAGGACAAUCAUCUGACAUCGGAAGAGAUGUUCUCCAAAUCUCUAGGAUGCCCCUUCUACAGGAGCGUCAUGAGUGAGCGCCGCUUCGCCUUUAUUCAGAGGGCCCUACGAUUUGACAGCCUUGCCACAAGGGAGGAGCGUGUGAAGACUGACAAAUUUGCUCCCAUAAGGAGUUUGUGGAACCAGGUCAUUGCAAAUUGCAUUGCAAACUACGAACCCAGUGGGCAACUUACUGUGGAUGAGCAGCUCCUCGGCUUCAGGGGACGGUGCGGUUUCAGGAUGUACAUCCCGAAUAAACCAGCAAAGUAUGGCAUCAAGUUAGUUAUGGCCUGUGAUGCAAAGACGUUCUACAUGUGCAAUGCCAUUCCCUACUUGGCAAGGGGACUACCACUACAAGUACGCCCUUGGGAGAGUACUUUACGUUGGAGGUAACCCGACCCUUCAGGAAGGCUGGGCGUAUUGUUACGACGGACAACUGGUUUACUUCCCUGCCACUAGCCAAGGGUCUCCGUCAAUUUGGGAUGCAUUUAGUUGGCGCUAUUCAUCCCAAACCUUACAUGCCUUCUGUGAUGCUGACAACGCCCCUGGAAUUAGGCGAAUGUGUGGCCUCGUAUAACUACAAGGACAAGGUCACUAUUUUGUGCCAACGUGUAAAUUCCACGAAAAGGAUCCAGAUUCUUUCCACAGUACAUCACAAUCCCACAGUUAUUGAGAACCAGAAAAGUCAAAUUCAUAUGUUUUAUAAUGCCACAAAGGGAGGAGUCGACACCUUCGAUCAGAUAUGUUCUGCCCUGACCUGCAGCAGGAAGACCCGGAGGUGGCCCGCAUGUGUCUUCUAUGGGAUUAUCAAUAUUGUUGUGAAUAAUGCCUUCUUUAUCCACCAAAACUUGCCUGGCAACAAGUUGUACAACAGGAGGCAAUUUUCAUCAGAAUUGGCCAUGGAACUCGGCCGUGAUGCAGCACUUGCUCGACUUGGAAACAACAGGUACCUCCCAAGGGACUUGACUUACCUCAUUUGUUCUGUUUUUGAGGUAAAAGAGCCCAAAGACGAGACUCCAGACACUCCAAAACGAAGUGACAAGCGCAACAGAUGCCCUCUCUGCCCUUCUUCUUCUAAUGCCAGGACCAAGCUUUUGUGUGCUAAGUGCCAUAAGCCUGCGUGUAACUUGCAUGUCAACUUCAUCUGCGACCAGUGCCAACUCACGUAAUCUGGCAGUUUCGCUGAUAUCGGCAAUGUUUUUACAUCAAUGUGUUCAGGAAAUAUUGUAAUUGCAGCACAUAAUUCGUUUUUUGUCCAGUUUUUUAUUUUAAAGUGUACAGUGCCAGUCAUUUAAACAAAAUUGUAUUUUUAUACUUAUUUUCGUAAUCAUGUAAGUACAGUGUCAUUUUCAUA